GUAAUUAUGUGUGGGUGGGUUUGUUUCGUAAUUUAGUCAAAGUUUAGGGGAGUUUCGUAAUUUACCCUUUAAAUUUCUAUAUAUAACAGAAAAUAUGGGCUGCAAUGAGAAAAGGAUCGCAAUUUGUUAGGUUCGUUUGGGCGGGAUAAUUGAAUUGAAUUUCCAAAAAAAUAACCGCACAAUUUCACUUCGAGAUCGCGUGAAAAUGGCGCAAAACGACGAGCAACAAGGAGAGCAGUGCGUCCGCACUGAAAAGGAGCUGCCGAUUGCCUUCGGAAACUUCACCAACAAGGAGAAUUGGGACUUUUUCUACGCCGCAAGAGGCGCCGGUAAUUUCUCCGAGUGGUACGCCGAUUGGCCCCAACUCCGGACCUUACUCAGGAACCAUCUCUCAUUUCCGCCGUCAGCGCCGCCGCCGGAGGAGCUGAGUAUUUUGGUGCCGGCGUGCGGGAAUUCCAGGCUGUCGGAGCAUCUGUACGACGAUGGUUUCAGGAAUAUAACAAAUGUGGAUUUCUCGAGGGAGGUCAUUUCCGCCAUGAUGAAGAGGAAUUUGAGAGAACGGCCGGGGAUGAGGUGGCGCGUGAUGGACAUCACUGAUAUGCAGUUUGCAAGUGGGACUGUUGAUGCCAUCAUCGAUAAGGGAGGACUGGAUGCUCUAAUGGAACCUAACAUUGACCCCAGAUUAGGGACAAUAUACUUAUCUGAGGCUAAAAGAUUGUUAAAAGCUGGAGGAAAAUAUAUUUGUCUCACCGCGGUACAAUCUCAUGUACUAGGUAGGUAUUGUCUACUUUUUCGAAAGUUUCGAUUUGGAUGGAAAGUCAAUCUUUAUGCCGUUGCUCAAGAACCAUCUUCAGGAACCAUCAAACAGCGGGCUUUUAUGUUCGUCGCAGAGAAAUAUAUUUUAACUGUCGUUUCUCAGAUAUCAUUCAUGGAUGAAUGUUCUGUAGAAUCCCAUGGUAAUCAGGUUGAAGAACUAUUUGAAGCACUUGAAAGAGAGAAUACUGUCCGAGCAGAAUACUCUAAUGGCACUGAUACAUGGCACUCGCUUAAUGACCUGAACCAAGGGGUACAAGGAAACAUUGGAGUGCUAGAACCUGGUCGCGCUGUAAAGCUUUUUCUAGGUGAAACUGGACGUUAG